AUCACUGCUGUGGCACUGUCUCCACUUGGGAAUUCAAAGAUGGCACGAGAGCUUCAUGCGUGCCUCGUACGCUACUUUUUACGUCUAGAAAGAUUGGACGACAAAUGGAGAGAAUUAUUGAAGAAGGCUGAGAGAUCGCUCGAAGGUCUAGCUAAUCGAACGGAGCAAUUGCGACAUGUCACGAAUGAAAAAAUAGACGGAGCAGAAGAUAGCAUAGAUCAGGAAAUGCGAGAAAGACUGAUAUUUAAAAUCCUUAUGGGCCUCGAGGAAGAAAUUGCAUUUCUCUUGAAUAUCCUGACGCAAUUUAAUGAUGCAAAUCAGGAUUUGAAGAAUUAUUUGAUUAAUUUAGAAAACGCUAGAAGCAAGAUAUCUUUAAGGGACGAAAUAAUGCAAGAAUUAAUUAAGGGAACACCUUAUCGACCAGUGCUUGAACUACUCCUGCAGUGGGCUAUGGAGGGUUAUCAGUUCUUUCAUAACAUGUAUCUUCGUAUCAGUGAUUGUAUUAAAUCAAUUGAUUACAAGAUAGAGGAGACUGUUAACAAUCUGAUUUCUUCUUUUGUGGAAGAGGAUCAUGGAAGGAAGAAUAUAAAUAAAAUCCUCGCUUUUACGCAAUUUUUGGAUAAGGAGAGUCUUCAUUAGAAAGGAAGAGAUACAUGGAUCCAAUGAAGCAAGGAAGUUCAAGUGGAUAAAAUUA